ACCAUUCAACAUUCGAUUAUUGAAUCAGUCGUGCUUCGUAAAGUGUUCAAAAUAAGUCCUUAGAGGAAAAAAAUGAAUCUACUUACAUUCAUUCAACUCAUUCUGAUGACAAUAUUGGGAUCCAAUGGAGCCAAACUUAAAAAUAGUUUUUUCGAACCUUCAAAUAACCAACGAACAGAGAUAUUUAAUUUUUCUACCCAAUCUAAUGAUAAUAGAAUUGUUGCAAGACAUUUAUAUUUACCUCCAUCACCUCCAACUGAACCAGACUUUGUGCUACCAGAAGUGAUCGACAAUCGAGUGAGAAGUUCAUUUUUUCAACCUCUACUAACUCCAAUAAAUAUUCUUCCUUCAAGUGUUGCAUUAAAGACUCCUUUUGCUAGUGAAUUUCGUUAUCUUACUCCUCCAAAGCAACCGAGUGUUAAAACAAGUGGAACUCUCGAGGGUGAUGGCUCAGAGAUGUCUAGAUUUAUCAAGAUCAAUUCUAUGGCCUGCAGAAAUGAUGAAGAGAUAUUUUUUAGAGCUUCCAUUACUCCACCCAAGUUAUCAGAUUUUCCUGUUGUUGAAGGCGCUGGUAGUGAUUCAUGUAAAGUGGUUAAAGUUAAUGAUGAAUAUAAACUUGAUUUUAGUAAUGAACUCUUCUGGAAUUGUGGAGUACAAGAUUGUUCAACAGAAGCUGGUAAAUUUUAUUGCUUGAACAUCAGAUUUCCAAGUGUCUCUGGACUUAGACUUAAUGGAGAUGUUAAAGUGAUAUUACGAUGUCGGAUUCAAGAAAGAACAACUUCUCAUACGAAAAGGAUUAAUAUCAAACCUAUUGACACGUUAGCUAGAAUGGCUCCAAGAAUAGCCACAGGUGGACAUAACAACGUUUUUGAAACAGAAGUGGGUUUGUACCGAAAAACUCUAGGCUCUGAGCACUUGUUCGAUACAAAAAUCCAGCCAGGUGGAACGGUAAUUCUUGGAGAGGAAAUUUUACUGCGUGCAGCAGUUCGUGAAGGUGACGGUUGGAGAUAUUCAAGAAUAAGCGAUGUAACUGUUCACUACAUUGAAAAUAGCAGGCAAAAAAAGGUCAUGAAUAGUGUGUGGAUAUUAAAUUCGAAUGGAUGUCUCAAUCCAGAUAUUCGAGAGGUUUGUUCUCGAGAACAAUAUCGGGUUAAUCCUCUGGAGAGUUAUUUGAUAUUCCAGGCUUUCAUGUUUGAUAAUAUGAAAGAAACUGAUGAGAUGAUAAUGAAUGUUAAAGUCACAGGAUGUUUAGACGGUAAUGACUGUGUUUUAAAUUGUCCUGGAGGCCAUUCACGAAAAAGCAGGAGUUUAAAUAACUCAAUAAACCUAAAUAAUCAAACUUUCGAUUGGCUUGAUGAUAUUUCUUUCAGAGUAACUUUACCUAAGCCAGAAAUUAAUUUAAAAAAUUCCGUAGAUAAUCAUCUAAUUAUUCCAUAUGUUCUAUCUAUCUUUAUUCUUAUAUCCAUCAUUGCUUUGCUUUGUAUGAUAAAAACUGUUUAUAAGCAAAUGAAAAGCAUUAGAGUUCCUUAUUGA